UCGUGUGAUCCGUGCGAUCGUUGCGAGCUUCUCGAACAUCGGCACUAAGAGCCGCGUCGACGUCGGCACCGAAAAGCGAAAAGCACGUGAACCAUCUCCGUAAAAGCUGGUCCUAGGAAAAGGCAUCCGCAGUCCACGCUGGCCACCAUCAGCGGCUAACCAACCAAGUCAGUAUCAGGCCAGCUCUUGUACGCAUCACAGUGUGCCACUGGUCGCCGGUCCCGACGGAACGACCGCACUAUCUGGUUACAACCGGCUCGGCUUCACGUUCAAAUCGUUCAACCCGUUCAGAUUCUCGCCCUGCGGAACAGAUCGGCUCGCAAACUGGGUCGAACACACCCCGACACGUUUACGAUUGGUGUUUGUGCGUUUUGGCCGGUGGUUACGUUCGCGAGGUACUCGCUAGACGCCAAGUUCACCAAGUCCAGGUCUCCAGGUCGGCGAAGGCGGUGAUACUCCGUUCCUUCUUCACAGUCGUCCUCGUUACGCCCGCGACAGGAUAACUGCCCUAAAGCAUCCUUUUAACGCUUUCAUGUAAGUCUUCACUAUACAAAAUUUGCCGGACUUUCUCCGAACGUACACAACAUAGAGGAGGGUGAUCGCGGCCGAGAGAUGACCGCGUCCCUCAACACUUCCGGCGCCGGGGAGAACCAGAACGGCACCACCAACCACACGAACGACGGCGUUUUCACCGUUUCAGUCACCGGUUAUGACAACCAGGGCUUCAAAGGUGACGAUGACAACGGACCAAAGAAACCACCCAGGGAGAUAACCGACGAGGAAGCAUCCCAACAGGGUAAAUUCAAACUAUCCACCAAAGAGAAAUGGCGAAUCCUGAAGAACGUGUCGGCCGUCUCGUGCGCCUUCAUGAUCCAGUUCACCGCGUUCCAGGGAACAGCCAACUUACAGAGCAGUAUUAACGCGAAAGAUGGACUCGGUACAGUGUCACUAAGUGCGAUCUACGCCGCCCUGGUCGUUAGUUGUAUCUUCGUGCCGACGUUUCUGAUCAAAAGGUUAACAGUGAAAUGGACACUAUGCGUGUCUAUGCUCUGCUACGCGCCUUACAUCGCCUCCCAAUUCUAUCCGAAGUUCUACACGCUGGUGCCAGCCGGCGUGCUGCUGGGUAUCGGGGCGGCGCCCAUGUGGGCGUCUAAGGCUACGUAUCUAACUCAGGUGGCCGGCGUCUACGCCAAGCUCACGGACCAGGCGGUCGACGGGAUCAUUGUCAGGUUCUUCGGGUUCUUCUUCUUGGCCUGGCAGACCGCCGAACUUUGGGGUAACCUCAUCUCUUCGCUAGUAUUAAGUAAUCCACACGGCAGCGGAAGUUCCAGCAACUCCACCGACUACGAUCUAUGCGGCGCGAACUUCUGCGUGACGGAGGCCGACGGCAGCCGGCCCGCCGAUCGGGAAAUCUACGAGAUCUCCACCAUCUAUCUCACCUGCAUCAUCGUCGCCGUCGUCCUCAUCGCCAUCAUGGUCGAUCCGUUGUCCAGAUACGGAGAGAAACAGCGAAGGAACAGCACCUCCCAACCGGAACUCACCGGCGUCCAGCUGCUGGCCGCCACCUUCACGCAAUUGAGAAAACCGUACCAGCAACUGCUCAUCCCCAUAACAAUAUGGAUCGGUAUGGAACAGGCGUUCAUCGGUGCCGACUUCACCCAGGCGUACGUCUCGUGCGCCAUGGGCGUCUCGCACGUCGGCUUCGUCAUGAUCUCCUUCGGCGUGGUCAACGCGAUCUGCUCACUGCUCUUCGGCUCCGUCAUGAAGUACAUCGGAAGGGCGCCGAUCAUCAUCUUCGGCGCCAUCGUGCACACGGUUCUGCAAAUAUGGUUGUUGCUGUGGAGGCCACAUCCCGACAGUCCGAUCGCCUUCUUCAUCGCCUCCGGACUUUGGGGUGUCGGCGAUUCCGUCUGGCAGACGCAAGUCAAUGGACUGUACGGAACGCUCUUCAGAAGGAACAAGGAAGCGGCCUUCUCUAACUACCGUCUGUGGGAAAGUGUGGGCUUCGUAAUCGCGUACGCCUAUUCGACCCAUUUGUGCGCCCGCAUGAAGCUGUACGUGAUGCUCUCCAUCCUGCUGACCGGCUGCUUCAUGUACGCGAUCGUCGAGAUCCAUCAUAUGCGCAAAGUGAGGAGGCAGAAGUCGAAGGAGAAGAAGGCGGCCGCCCUGGCCGCCGCCAAGCAGCCGCCAGAGCCGGAAGAGACCGACGACGAGAAGGACGAUAUCGACGAUGAAAUUAUUGUUACGCAUCUGUAAAUCUGUAUACUAGAUAGGCAUUCCAAGUGAUCAAUUGCAUUCAAGUAAACAGUGUGUUGGAAUUCCAUGGGACCAGUGCAUUAUUACGUCGUUUUUCCUUUCGCGGAAAAUACGAAAUGCAGUAGUAAAAAUCAGUAUUUCUCUUUUAUCAUACUGGUAUAAUGAUAUAUUGUAAAUAUUCUAUCUAAUUUAGUUGUAAAAUCCAUACGUAUUUGAAUUGCGACUUGCCAAAGGAUGUUGACGCCUUGGAAAGUCUAAAACGUGGUCUAUACAUAUCCAAAAGUGAUCUGGUUUAGUUGACUGUUAUGUUUCUCCUAGAAAUAGUCUAUCGUGAUAUACAAGUGUAGAUUUUUGUCUCAUAAUAACAGUAGAUGAUGUAGAACAAAUUGUAUAUUGAUUUUAUCAUUGCCCAGCUGUGAUGGUAAAUUUAAGAAUUAGUAGAAUUAAUGAGAGACAGUUACGUUUAAACCAAAAAUAUUUGGAAAUACAAAGGUUGUGUCUUUCUUAGUUAAUGGCUUUAUAAACUUUAUAAACAAAAAUAAACUGGUGGAUUACAUUAGAACAGUAUUUAGUGUAAUCUCAAUGCAGCUAAUAGUAUUACCCCAUAAAUCAGUGAAAAUAUAAACCUAUUUAUUGUAUAGUGCCAUGAAACAGCCAAGUUUAUUUUUGUUUGUGAACGAAUUUUACUACAGGUUUUUGCGAGUUCAAAGAAAAUUCUUUUUGCAUAAUAACACUGUCACUUAUAGUUAUGCACAAACUAUUCAAAUAUUUUGAAUACUUUGUGUUAUAUGCGAGAUGUUAUUGUUUUAGUUUAUUUAUAUUAUUUUAUUUUCCUGAUAAUUAUAGAUAAAGCUGUACAGUAUAAUUAUAAAUAUAUAGAUGAAUAGAUUUUAGAAUUGUAAAAAAUAGGUACUCAAAAAUAUUUGUAAAUUUAUUCUGUACUCAGUAUUCAAUGAGCAAUACUGUAGCAAUAAAACCUUUUAAAUUAUUAAA